AUGGAGAACACCGUUGAUCCACGACCACUUCUUAAAUCUGUAUCGGAAGGCGGAUGUCCUGAUGAUUACCGUGGCGAGAGUGUCCAAGAAGAACAAACCCGCGGGUCUGCAAGAAAAAGAAAGAGAACUGUCCUGACAACUAGCUGUGAGCUAUGUCGCCAACGGAAAGUUAGAUGCGACCGCGGUGAACCCAGUUGCGGCUGGUGCACCCGUAAUGGCCGCGAGAGCGUCUACAGAGACAAAAUGCUACCCACGUUUCGGGUCUUGCACACCCGUGAGCUCGAGUUGAAGGUGAAUACGCUAGAAGCCAUGUUAGAAAUGCUGGGACGUCGGCUGGAGCUCCACAUAUCCGAGCAUGAAACUGAACGGGGCUCCCGGCAACCUCCUCCCCCCGAUCAGGUGGUGGCAGAUCAGCAAGGAUUUGCCACUGCCUCCGAGCCCCGUCGCUCAGAUCUCAGUGAGACCUUGUCACAGGACCCGUCGGCCAGUAUAGUUGAAGCAGCGUCGGAGAGAGUGCAGCGUUUUCGUCCUUCGGCAUUGAUUUCAGUUCAGUCUUUGGUUAAUGUGAAUGCAACAGAGAGUGCAAACGAGCCCGCUUCUUCUGAGAUGAUAGAAUCAAGCUCUGAAGGAGCGCGUGAGACUAUGUCUGAGCUGCAUUUGCCCUCACGGGAUACUCUAUAUGUGAUUGUAGACCUGUUCUUCAAGCAUGUUAAUCCUUGGUGUCCCAUUCUUGAGCGGGCGGCAACGGUUGAGAAAGUUUUUAGAGCUCCCGUAUGUGAUGAAGCCGACCUCGUCCUUCUGUAUGCAAUUAAACAGAAGAUUUUGCUCUAUGCGUUCGAACACACAAGUAUCAGCGCACUUCAGGCUCUGACGAUUCUGGCGCUGGACUUGCUUGGCAUGUCAUAUGGUCCUCAGAGCUGUACUAUAUUGAGCAUGAUAGUAAGAAAUGUCAUGCAGCUCGGGCUUGGGGUGGAAACUGCAGUAGCUCUUGGGCAGCCAAGUCAUGAAUCGCCGGGCACGUUGCACCAAUUUAUGCAGCCUCCAUCAACCCCGUGGGUUGAGAAUGAAGGACGCAGACGUCUGUUUUGGAUGACCUUCAUCUUGUAUCGAUAUGCUUGUGUCGAUAUGGGAUCCGACUCUAUCCUCGAUAUACAGCAGACAGACCGGCAGUUACCGUGCCGGUAUGAUUUAUUUUCAAAAAACCAGCCCGUUGAAACCAGACGGUUUAUUGGCCCCGAGAGACCAGAAAUUACCAUAAACCGUCCGGAGAACCUUGGUAGCUUCUCCUACCAUUGCGAAGUCCUACGGAUCCUCAACCGUAUCCACAAAUUCCUGCGUACUCCCAUUGAUAUUGGCUACUCUGUUGAUGUGGAUAAUUGGCAAGCUACGUUUCGCGAUCUGGACCAAGAGCUUGACAGAUAUUUUUUCCCCUCGUUUGCUGCGAUGCAGAGGUGCAUUGCCGCAGUCGAGAGUUUACUUGAGAUUGUGCAGGAUGUUGUUAAUACCGCCAUGCUGGAUCUCCUAGGUCCUCAUUUUGCUUUCUCGCUUUGGGUGUCAGCGAGAGUAUUGGUAUUAGAUGCCUCUGUUUCAAAUACCGACGUUAAUUCGAACGUUUGGUUUUUCAUCUCAACCCUUGAUAAAAUGGGACAGCAUUGGGGAGUGGCUAAGAAAUAUGCCAAAGUACUAGAGAAUAUUUUAGAAGAAGCCCAAGAAGCGAAACGCGUCGCGGCUAUGACCCAAGCUACAGCUAUCAACUCUCAAUCUCCUCCGCUAUUGGCGCCGAAAUCCCCUGCGGAAAUGCGAGAGUAUGCCUCCUCUUCUCUCGGGUAUCCCCAAUCGCUAAAGAGAGUUCAACUAAUCCUUCUUCAUAGAAGCGCCUACGAACUAAGCAUUAUCUUAUUUCAACGCUAUUCAUCAGGAGUUCAUCCGCCAUCCGUCAAAACCGUCACACCAAACGAACUUGAGUGCUACGAAGUCUUCGACUUUUUCAAUUACCCACCUCCACCCGUGCCGGUCGCACACCAGGCAUCUUCGCUUACCACCAACACCGGCUCAGAGACACCAGCAAGUAACGGUGCCGAGGGCUGGACGCGAGUGAAAACCCACAUUGUGUCUACGAAUUUCACAUACGUUCGUUCGGAUUCCGAAUUUCAGUCGCUGCAGGGCUAA